AUGUCUCGCUUCUUGGAUCUGAAGGAUUUUGGAGAUGCUGCUCUCUAUCUUCGUCUCACCAACCUUGAACAACUGGCGGCCAUAGCCCAGGCUUUUGAUGGCACAAAGCGUGUUUGGAUGCCGGAUGAAGUAGAAGCGUACAUUGAAGUGGAGGUCCGAGAACGGAAUGGAGACAAAACUACAGUGGAGACAAAAGAUGGACGGUUUGUCAUUGUCAAGGAGGAUGACCUGCAACCCACCAACCCCUCCAAGUUUGACAUGAUGGAGGACAUUGCCAUGUUAACGCAUCUCAAUGAGGCGUCUGUACUCUUCAACCUCAGGCGCAGAUACAGCAUGUGGAUGAUCUAUACCUACUCUGGCUUGUUCUGUGUGACAAUUAAUCCUUACAAAUGGCUGCCAGUCUACUCAGACCAAGUGGUGGUGACUUACAAGGGAAGACGCCGUAUCGAAGUGCCACCACACAUCUACGCCAUUGCUGACAAUGCCUACAGUGACAUGCUACAGAAUCGUGAGAAUCAAUCGAUGCUCAUCACCGGCGAGUCAGGUGCUGGAAAAACGGUCAACACCAAGCGAGUGAUCCAGUACUUCGCCAUCACCGCCGCUCUUGGAGAAAAAGUGAAGAAAGGAGGAUCGUUGGAGGAUCAGAUCAUUCAAGCCAAUCCUGCCAUGGAGGCCUUUGGAAAUGCCAAAACCAUCCGUAAUGAUAACUCCUCACGUUUUGGAAAAUUCAUCAGAAUUCACUUUGGGCCAACGGGAAAACUAACCUCCGCUGAUAUAGACAUUUACCUUCUGGAAAAGUCCAGAGUGGUGUUUCAGCAGCCAGGAGAGAGAAGUUACCAUAUCUACUACCAGAUCCUGUCCAGUCACAAACCAGAACUCCAAGACAUGCUGCUGGUGACCAAGAAUCCAUACGACUACCACUUCUGCUCGCAGGGCGUCACCACCGUGGCUGGCAUCAAGGAUGGCGAGGAACUGGAACUCACUGAUCACGCAAUGGACACGCUGGGCUUCACGCCUGAGGAGAAGUAUGGCUGUUACAAGCUUGUCGGUGCCAUCAUGCACUUUGGAAACAUGAAGUUCAAGAAGAAGCAACGAGAGGAGCAGGCUGAAGCUGACGGCACUGAAAGUAUGGACAAGGCAGCCUAUUUGAUGGGCAUUAGUUCUGCUGACUUGCUGAAAGGCCUCCUGAAUCCUCGAGUCAAAGUAGGCAAUGAAUCCAUCGUGAAAGGUCAGACAGUGGAGCAGGUGUACUUUGCUGUGGCUGCUCUGGCCAAGGCCACGUACGACCGCAUGUUCAAAUGGCUGGUGACCCACAUCAAUGUGUCCUUGUACACAUCACUGCCUCGACAGUACUUCAUUGGUGUGCUGGACAUUGCUGGCUUUGAGAUCUUUGAGUUGAACAGUUUUGAGCAGCUCUGCAUCAACUUCACCAAUGAAAAACUGCAGCAGUACUUCAACCACCACAUGUUCAUCCUGGAGCAGGAGGAGUACAAAAUAGAGGGCAUUGAGUGGACAUUCAUUGACUUUGGUCUUGAUCUGCAGGUCUGCAUCGACCUCAUCGAGAAGCCCAUGGGAAUUCUGUCUAUCAUGGAGGAGGAGUGUAUGUUCCCCAAGGCCACAGACUUCAGUUUCAAAACCAAACUGUAUGACAACCAUUUGGGAAAGUCACCGAAUUUCUUGCGGCCACGGCUAGACAAGAAACGCAAAUACGAGGCGCACUUUGAAGUGGUCCACUACGCUGGAGUGGUUCCGUACAACAUUAUCGGGUGGUUGGACAAGAACAGAGACCCUCUCAAUGAGACAGUGGUGCUUUUAUUCCAGAAGUCCUCCAGCAAACUGAUGGCUGGACUGUUUGAGAACUAUAUCACCUCUGAGACAGCCUCUGAUCCUAAGCGCGAGACCAAGCACAGGAGGAGGAAAGCAGCUUCCUUCCAGACCGUCUCACAGCUUCACAAGGAGAACCUCAACAAGCUGAUGGCAAAUCUCCGGAGCACUCGGCCGCACUUUGUCCGCUGCAUCAUCCCCAAUGAGAGCAAAAGCCCUGGUGUCAUGGAUCCUUUCCUGGUCUUGCACCAGCUUAGGUGUAAUGGGGUCCUGGAGGGUAUCCGCAUCUGCAGGAAGGGCUUCCCAAACCGAGUCUUGUAUUCUGAGUUCAAACAGCGGUAUCGUAUCCUGAACCCCUCUGCCAUUCCUGAGGACUCCUUUGUGGACAGUCACAAGGCAGUGGAGAAGCUUCUGGGCUCACUGGAUAUUGAUCAGAUUCAGUACAAAUUUGGACAAACCAAAGUGUUCUUCAAGGCAGGUCUGCUGGGUCAAUUGGAGGACAUGAGGGACACCUGCUUGUCUCAAAUUCUGACCACGGUCCAGGCCAAGAGCCGAGGGAAGCUGAUGAGGAUGGAGCUAGACAAGCUGAUGCUACAAAGGGACGCGGUGAUGGCAAUCCAGUUCAACAUGCGCUCAUUCUUCUCUGUGCGCACAUGGCCAUGGAUGAUGCUGUUCUACAAGUUGAUGCCCUUGCUCAGGAGUGCUCAAGUUGAAAAGGAAUUGGCCUCCCUCAAUGAAGACUUCAGCAAGCUAAAAGAGGCCUUUGACAGGUCCGAGUGUAAGCGAAGCGAGGCCGAGGAGCGUCAGGUGAUGCUGGUCCUGGAGAAGAAUGACUUGUUUUUGUUGCUCCAAGCUGAACAAGACAACCUUGCCGAUGCAGAGGAGCGCUGCAACCAGCUGAUCCAGUCCAAGAUCUGCCUGGAGUCCAAGCUGAAGGAGAUGCAUGAGCGUCUGGAGGAUGAGGAGGAGGUGAGCACCAAGCUGACCUCCAAGAAACGACUCCUGGAGGAUGAGAUGGUGUCUCUACGGAAGGACGUGGAUGACCUAGAAGUUACCUUGGCAAAGGUGGAGAAGGACAAGCACAGCCUUGAGAAUAAGGUGAAGAAUCUUUCCCAGGAGAUGUGUAUCCUGGAUGAGUCCAUUGCAGCUCUGAACAGGGAAAAAGCUGCUUUGCAAGAAGCUCAUCAACAAGCUCUCAACGACCGCCAGGGUCAGCAGGACAAAGUCAACAUUUUGACCAAGGCCAAGAGCAGAUUGGAGCAGCAUGUGGAUAAUGUGGAGAGCUCUUUGGAGCAGGAGAAUCGUGUGCGGACUGAACUAGAAAAAAACAAGAGGAGGCUUGAGGCUGACCUGAAAUUGUCCCAUGACUCUGUGAAGGACCUGGAGGACCAGAAGAAGGGGCUGGAGGAGAGAAUGAACAAGAAAGAAUUUGAGUUGGGUCAUCUUCAGUCCAAACUGGAUGAUGAACAGAACCUGGUGGCUCAGCUGCAGAACAGGAUAAAAGAGCUUCAAACUCGCAUCGAAGAGCUGGAGGAGGCACUCGAGGCAGAGCGUGUGUGGCGAUCCAAGGCGGAGCGUCAGAGGAAUGAUGCUGCCCAGGAGCUGGAGGAGCUUAGAGAAAAGCUAGAGGAGGCAGGAGGAGCUUCUGCUGCCCAGAUCGCGAUCAACAGAAAGCGGGAAGCGGACUUCCUGAAACUGCGACGCGAGUUGGACGACGUUGGACUUCAUCAUGAAAUGACGGGUGCCACGCUAAGGAAGAAGCAUGCUGACACUGUAGGGGAGCUCACUGAGCAGAUUGAGGCGCUUCAGAGAGCAAAGCAGAAGAUGGAAAAGGAGAAAGCAGAGCUUCAGCUUGCGGCAGAUGACCUGGCUGCCAACAUUGAGCAACUCUCAAAGGCCAAGGGAGGUGCGGAGAAGAUGUGCCGAGUCUAUUCGGAUCAGCUUGUUGAGAGUCAAGGCAGAACAGACGAUUUACAGCGACAGCUUACCGAAAUGUCAGCACAGAAGGCACACACUGUUGCUGAGGCGGCCGAGUACUGUCGUCGUCUGGAGGAGCGCGAAGUGCAGUGUGGUCAACUGCAGCGAUCCAAAGCCGAACUGUGUCAUAACCUGGAAGACCUGAAAAGACAGCUGGAGGAAGAGAGCAAAGCACGCGUGGCAUUGGUGCAGACAGUGCAAGCAUUACGCCAUGACUGGAGUGAGCUGAAGGAGCAGCUAGAGGCAGAACUAGAGUCCAAGGCAGAGUUACAGAAGGCACUGUGCAAUGCUAACAGCCAGGUGGCUCAGUGGAGGGCCAAGUACGAAACAGAUGCUGUACUGAGGAUUGAAGAUCUGGAAGACGCAAAGAAGAAGUUGUUUGUCAAAGUUCAGGCAGCGCAAGAAGCUGCCGAAGCAUCGCAGGCUAAAAACUCUUCCCUUGAGCAAACCAAACAACGUCUACAGAUGGAGAUUGAGGACUUGGUGGUGGCGCUGGAACGCUCCAAUGCUUCUGUUAUUAAUCUUGACAAGAAGCAACGCCACCUGGAUAAGAUGCUGAGUGAGUGGAAGCAGAGGUUGGAGGACAGUCAGUCAGAACUGGAGGCCUCCCAGAGAGAGUCACGCAAUCUCAGCAUGGAGCUGUUAAAGCUGAAGAGCAUUUAUGAAGAAGCUCUGGAUCAUUUGGAGACAGUCAAAUGUGAAAAUAAGAUCCUUCAAGAUGAGAUUGUGGAACUGACUGAGCAGAUCAGUAAUGGUGGAAAGACUAUUCACGAGCUUGAGAGGAUGAAGAAGAUUCUGGAUGUGGAGAAGAGCAACAUCAAAGCUGCCUUGGAGGAGGCAGAGGGAUCUCUCAAGAAUGAGCAGAGCAAGACUCUUAGGGUCCAGAUGGACCUUCAGCAGACCAGGACGGAGACUGAGCGCAAAAUCGCUGAAAAAGACGAAGAGAUUGACAGCCUCAGGCGGAGUCACCAACGCUCGCAGGAGGCUAUGCAGGCUAGCCUGGAGGCAGAGAUUCGUGCUCGCAGUGAAGCUGUACGUUUGCGCAAAAAGGUGGAGUUGGACAUGAGUGAAAUGGAAAUUCAGCUUGGUCAUGCAAAUAAGCGGGUAGCUGAGGAUCAGAAGACCAUCACGCUGCUGCAUGCUCAGGUGAAAGGUCAGCAGGUGGAGCUGGACAACAAGACACUGUUGGCCGGUCAGCUACGAGAACAAGUAGUACUGCUGGAGCAUCGCUGUGUGUUGAUGGUGGCUGAAGGGGAGGAGCUACGGGGUGCCAUGGAGCAUGCCAACCACACCUGCAAGAUGGCUGAACAUGAGCUGAUGGAGGUGGCAGAGAGAGCCAACCUGCUCACCAUGCAGAACGCAGGUCUGGUGAGCCACAAAAAGAAGCUGGAGGCGGACAUGUGUCAUCUGGCGACCGAAGUGGAUGAGGCGCUGGCAGAGAGUCACAAUAAGGAGGAGAAAGCCAGAAAAGCCAUUACUGACGCCGCCAUAAUGGCGGAGGACCUGAAGAGGGAGCAGGAUAGCAGCGGCAUGCUUGAGAGGAUGAAGAAAAACAUGGAGAUCACCAUUAAAGAGCUGCAAGUGAAACUGGACGAGACAGAGCAGAUGGCACUGAAGGGCAGCAAAAAGGAAAUUUACAAGCUGGAGACACAAGUGCGUGAUCUUCAGACGGUGCUGAGCAUGGAGCAAAAGAAGUGUGAGGAGUACCUGAAAGGUGUGCAGCGCCAUGAGAGGAAGCUGAAAGAGAUCACUUGCCAGUCAGAGGAGGACCGUGGGACGCUGUUGAGGAUGCAGGAAGUCAUUGAGACACUUCAAACCAAAGUCAAAAGUUACAAGCGACAAGCAGAGAGUGCUGAGGAACAAGUGAACAGCGCCUCGAUGCACUUUUGCAAGGUGCAACACAAGCUCGACGAUGCCGAAGAAAGAGCCGACAUCGCUGAAUCUGCUGUCAACAAGCUUCGGAUUCGAGCGCAACAGCAUAUACGAUCACGGGAU